AAGCUUGGCGGCCCUUGGCAAAGAGCUUUUUCAUAUCCGCGUGCAGUUGGUCUUGAAGUGCAUCACUACCUGAGGUGUCGAUUAUUCCACGUUUGAAUUGAAACAGUGUUUAUGUAUUAUUUUUAUAAUUUUAUCAUUAUUUCUGGAGAGUAAUUACGACUAUCAAAUUAAAACCGGAUAUCAAGUAAAAUCAUGGUGCUGCGAUUCGCGGAAUUUGCGAGCAUUGCUUCACUCGUACUCGCUUUCGUCUCCUGCGAACCUUAUCGCGAAUAUUACAGACGCGAACCUACAGAAUAUAACACCCCUCUUCACAUCAUUGUCAUCAUGGCCGAUGAUUUGGGUUGGAACGAUGUUGGAUUUCACGGGUCAAACCAAAUCCCAACACCGAAUAUAGACGCUCUUGCCUACAAUGGAAUAAUCCUCAAUCGCCACUACACUCUGCCUUCAUGCACACCCUCGAGAGCUGCUUUUCUCACCGGACGAUAUCCCAUCCGUAUGGGGAUGCAGGGCGCUGGAAUUAAGGGUGGAGAACCACGUGGCAUUCCACUGAACGUCCACACUUUGCCAGAGCACCUGAAGGGCAUCGGUUACGUAACGAGACUAAUAGGAAAAUGGCACGUUGGUUAUCACACGCCACAGCACACGCCGAUGCACCGCGGUUUCGAUUCGUUCCUCGGAUUUUAUAACAGCCACAUUACUUAUUUUGACCACAAAUACAAACAACAGAAUUUGAGUGGGUUCGACAUGCACCGAGGAGUGGAGCCGGACUGGGGAUCUCAGGGCGAUUAUGCUACGGAUUUAUUUACUGACGAAGCAAUUCGGGUAAUAAAAGCACAUGACCCAUCUCGUCCUCUUUAUCUUCAAGUUUCUCACUUGGCGGUUCAUCCGCCCCUCGAAGUUCCUCGCGAAGACUUAUGGACCGACGAAUUCAAACACAUCCGAGAAUCUAACCGUCGGAUUUUUGCUGCGAUGGUCAGUCGCCUUGAUGAUUCAGUAGGCCAAAUCGUGGCCGCCUUAGGAGCCCAGCAUAUGUUGAGGGAUUCGUUGAUCGUGUUUAUGACUGACAACGGCGCCGCUUCCGUCGGCGAGUUUCGUAAUUUCGGCUCAAAUUGGCCGCUCCGUGGUACAAAGUACACCCUGUACGAAGGCGGAGUCCGAGGAGUGGCUGCAAUUUGGUCACCGCGGCUCUACGAUACGAUGCGGGUUUCAGACCAACUGGUACACAUGACCGACUGGCUACCGACUCUAUAUGCAGCAGCUGGUGGUAAAGUUGGGGACUUGGGUGACAUCGAUGGUGUAAACCAGUGGCCGAGUUUCAGCACGGAACAUGGUGGAAAAAUUAGGAAUUCGCUACUGUUGAACAUCGAUGAGGUUUCCGAAACUGAGGCGGCGAUACAAGGCCGUUACAAACUCCUUCGAGGUUCUUUCAACCGGGGAUUCUACGAUGGAUAUCAGGGAGAAUCUGGUCGUGAUAUGCGAGAUGUGUUUUACAAUACGAGUUUGGUUAUCGGUAGCGCAGUUUCGAAAACGAUUACUACUUAUCUCGGGGGUCCAAUCACUCAGUACAGUGCCAUGAUUCCUCUUCGUCUCAACGCUAGCGUCGAAUGCACCGUAUAUCCCGGUCCGUUUCGGAAGUCACACUUUGACACCUGCAACGAGACGGAGUGCCUCUUUGAUAUUAUUAACGAUCCUUGCGAAACGAAGAAUAUUGCCAGAGAUUUUCCUAAGAUAGUAUCGGAGUUGGAUCUUUUCCUGGAGAAGUACUCCAACUAUUUGGAGAAACAGGCUCUGAUACCGGUCGACUGGCACGCGGAUCCUCGCAGCUUCAACGGCACCUGGCAGCCUUGGUUAAGCCCCGGAGCUUACGCUUACACAAAAUGCGGGGCGGCGGUUAGCACAAUCGCAAUAUGCGCCCAUAUGGGAAUGGUUCUGCUGGUCGUCGGACUCCGCGCAUUUCUUUGACUGAGGGACACGUUUCCCGCGAAAAAUAUAACCGCCAGCUUCCGUUGCUCCUACAAAGAUGACGCUCAGAACUGCGCAAAAGGCGAUCAGCUCACUUCUGCACAAAAAAGCAAGUAUAAUAAACGAAACGAGGAAAAGGAGGAACUAGUGGAAAUCAAUUUUAUCGAUGACGAUUAAAAUUACAAUCAACUAUAAUAUAAUAACCUAACCACAACUUAUUAUAAUUGAUCUGUCACUCAUAAAUGAUCUUAUAUUACUUAUUUGCACCUCAUAUUUAUAUCUAUAUUAUACCUAUCGCAUAGAUGUAAGCGUUUUGUGCCGAAUAUAUACCUAUUAUGUAAGUACAAUAACAAUAAUAAUAAUAAUAAUAAUAGUAAUAUAAUAAUAUAUUUAUUGUAUAAGUUUGAAACUGUGCAGGGAGCUUACUCCUCGAAUGUAGCGACGUUGAUUGUCAGUGAACCGCUACAGAUACGUUCAGCCAACAAAAAACGUUCGAGUACGAAUCUUUCUAAUUACACACAGCUGCAGCUAAGUGA